AGGGACUCAACCAGGCACACACAUGUCUCCAUUGGAAGCCCUAGUGCUUUUUCUGCCCAUUAUGGCAUCCAUCAACCUCGUUCAGCAAGCUUUCACCGACGCUCAGCGUUCAUUCCGGGCCAAACUCAGGGACCCCGAUAUCUAUAAUCAGCUUCUAGCGACCCGCAAUGUUGACGAAGUUUACAAAACGACUAUGAAGUUACAAGAAGAGGCAAACGGGAAAGGCCGACAUCUAGCAAAGAUCAGGUCCUUCCUGGACCGCCUUUCCAAAUAUGCUGGAGUGAUUGAUAUUAUCGUAUCGGCUAAACCAGAGAUCCUAGCAUUGAUAUGGGGUCCGCUGAAACUCCUGUUACAGUGGUCAAGCCAAAUGACUGCGGCCCUAGAUAAAUUCACGACUACCCUAGUAGAAAUUGGACACGCCUUGCCACAUGUUGAGGUAAUGGGUGGAAUAUUUCAGAGCGUCCCUAUAAAGAACGCAUUGGCCUUGUUAUACGAAGAUGUCUUGGAUUUUUAUCGCGUUAACUUCGAUUUCUUUCGAAAAAAGCGCUGGAAGCAACUGCUUGAUUCUUUAUGGGACAGCCACCUGACAAAGCUUAAUGUCGUUGUAGACAACAUUAAGCAACACUCAGGCCUGCUAAGGGAAGAAGUGACACUUCAAGAUAUCACGGAAGCCCGCAAACACCGUAUCAAAUCUCUCGAGGAGUUUGAUAAAACACAUAAGUCUCAACAGGAUCAGAAAUAUUUCAGUUUGCGCGGUCGUCUCUCCAUAAAUCUGUAUGACGACCGGCUGGAUUGGAUUCGUAACAGGUCUGUUCCCGGCUGUGAGAAGUGGCUUCUCAACGAUACCGCGUUCUGCAAGUGGCAGGAUGGUGUCAAUCUGGGUAAUCAAUCUACAGCGUGGCUCUGGCUCCAGGGCAUCCCCGGCGCCGGGAAAACAUACCUCUGCGGCGCAGCUAUUGACUACCUCAAGCAGCAGGGAAAGAAAUUUCUAUUUUGUUUCCUCAGCUACGCCAGCAAUGCCAACCAGACAGCUCUCACUGUACUGCAAUCUUUUAUCUUCCAAGCGGCAGAGGACGAUACGGAUCUUCAGUCGGUAUUGAUUGAUGCAACAGAGCGCGAACUCCGCGGUAACACGGGGUAUGUCUUAGACUUGCUCAAGACUUGGCUUCGGACAGCUGGACCUACGUAUGUGGUCAUUGAUGGCCUAGAUGAGAUGGAUCGCUCCGAACGCCAAAUUCUUCUACAAAGAUUGGAGGAGCUUUCGAAGGGGUGCAAAGAUCUGCGGCUUCUUAUUUGCAGUCGAUCGGAAGCAGACAUUUCUAGAGUGCUUGAGGAAAAGGCGAUUGGUAUUCAAGUGAAUACGAGGAACUCUGGCAGCAUCCAGACCUACAUCAAUAGCAGGACUGAUGACUGGAUAAACAAAUUCAAAUUCGACACCGAAAUGGGCCAUGAGCUUCGCCUGUUGCUGUCCCCUUUAUCGGCGAAGGCAGAUGGCAUGUUCCUCUUCGCACGUAUUAUUCUUGACAGCGUGGAUGAAAUCCGAAGCAUUGAUGAGAUCCGGCGCGAGCUCAAAGCGAUGCCGAACGACUUGGACGACGCUUAUCAACGCAUAUUUCAGCGAAUUAACGAGAUGGACCAUCGCCGCCGAGAGGAGCGCAGGAAAAUUCUAGGCUGGGUCGGGUGUGCUCCUAUACCCAUGACUAUCUUCGAAAUGGAACAAGCAUUAUUUGUCGACUCUGAUCCCGACAACACUAGCCAUAUCCCAUCUAACAUUGUCGAGCAAUGCUUCCUUGAAAUGUGUGGUCCUUUUGUUGAGAUUGUAGAUGGGAAAUUGCAGUUUGUCCAUUUCACUGUCCGAGAGUACAUUUUCAGCAGGGAUAUCCCCAAUUUUAUUGACGAGGGAGAAGCUACGCGAGACUUGGCUGCGGCAUUUUUGGCCUACCUUGCCUCAGAUAUAAUGGACCCGAACCUCGAUGACGAUCAAAUUUCAGGUGAUAUUAUGUGCGGUAGAUACCGGCUCCUCCAAUACGCGCAUUUUUACUUCCCCACACUACUCCAGCGUAUGAAUAGCAUUCGUCCGAAUUCAUAUCUUGUUGGCAAGUUGCUAGAUCGCUUAGCCAGGCGAUAUAGCAAUGAUGAAUUUCAAACAAUAGUCGAUACUCGGGACCCACCGUAUAUAAAUCAACAUUACAAAAAGCAUCGGCAAAGAGGGUACGAAUGCGCCCGUCAGACAUUCCAGUUUCACCUAGCAGAGAGACGAUGGGGUUGGAACUGGAGCAACAGUGAAGCUUGGGUCAACUUUGAUCCUCUGAUCAUUUCAAAAAUGCUAGUCCGCAUUCAGGAAAAUUAUGAGGCUUUGAUCCACGAUAGCUCUGUGUACCGGGAAAUGGAAAUUCACUACGGCCCUCGGCUUUUCAAGUGCACAUACCUAUUCUGCCCGUUUAGCCGUCAGGGAUUUGAAACGAGACAUGACCGAGACAAACACGUCACACAACAUGAGCGACCGUGCAAAUGUCCAGUGCCGAACUGCAUAUACUAUACACUCGGGUUCAAUACACAGAGGCGAUGCAAUGAGCAUUUAGCCCAAUUCCAUGCUCCAAAAUUCAGUAUCGACGACCUUGCGAACCUAGAUGCAGAGGAGGUUCAGCCCCUCCUGUUCACGUCCACCAUAGAAGGUGAUCUCGAAAACGUACGACGCCUGGUAACCUCACCAGGUGGGAAAAGGCUGAAGCCGGAAGUCCUUGCUUCGGCUAGAUUCAUUGCAGCCGAACAGGGGUCUCUAGGCAUAACCCAACUUCUCGCUCCGCCGGAUGAGAUUGAUGUACCGCUGAAAGUCGUAAAAGCAGCGGUCAAGAGCCAAGACGCUGGGUGUGCCGAGUGGGCUAUUGCGAACGCUGGAACAAGUUAUUAUACUGAUCUGAUGAAGGUGAUGCUGGGCACCAAGUCUGAGCAAAUCUAUAGAAGGUGGGAAGAAUCUAUCAUCGACAACAUAAGAAAUUCAACGCCCAAGCCAAGGUCCAGGGAGACAGCGCUGUCAUACACGCCGCUCGCCGGGACGGAGUUAAUCAAUGAAAUCUUUAGGCAGCAAGUCUUUAGUGAUAUCAAAGGCAGUGUUUUGAAGGAAUCUAGACUGCAACAUACCCUGGAAAUGCUCAAAGAAUACAUUGAACCAUUUAUGCUAGGAACGAUUCUAGUGCGGUUAGCCAAGUCAAGCUGCACCUUUUCCCUCGCCAAACAGCUUCUGUCAUAUGGGGCACCGAUUGAUCACCCGUGGCGGACAUAUUCAAGGAAUGGAAUACCUAUCGCUGGAGGAUCAGGAAUGACGGCGCUGCAGGGAGCGGCAAAGAAGACCACUAAAGACGCUGCGUUGCUCAUGAAACAUCUUAUACUUCUUGGUGCAAAAACAGAUUGGCCUGGUAUUGAAGAGGAACGAGGUGUAAAGAAGAUUGACGAGUUUGUCGGUGUCAAGUGGGAUGAUCUUCUUUUACAGGCACCGCCAAGGAGGUCCGAAUAUAGUAGGCAUAACUCCACCUUUCAGAGUGCGGGUUCGGGCUAGAGUUUUUUAAACCUGCCUCCGACCAGGUGUUAGAUUUGGAUCUCCUAAAUUUAAUUUGAAAUAAAAAUGAAAUACAAAUGUAAAAGAUUAGCUUAUACAGGACAGAACAGAUGUGGACUAGGUGAGAAUCGCUGCUACCAAGCGC